CCAGUGGGGAAAAAGUGACAGUGGGAAAGUUUACCUGCAAAUCAUGUGACUCACAGCACACACAACGUGAUGAUCGUUGAUUAUGUCGGUUAUGAAUGAUAUGCAAAAUUCCGCUAGAUUUGCAAAACGUAGGUGCUGUAACUUGGCUAGAAUAAUGGAAUUUAAGUUCGUUUUCCUGGUAAUAGCGCUCUUGCAAGUUUUAUUGCAUUGUGCAGGGGCAGCUACAUGUGUGAAACAAGACAGUUGUACGUGCAAGUUCGACGAUGGGUCUGGCGUGAUAUCCUUGUCUACUCUAAACACAAGUACAAACCCUGAUGUCCCAAGCUUCAGCGUAACAUUAGGUAACUACAAGUAUGGGUACAAUCCCUGUAGUAACUUCUCAUGGUUGCCAACUUGCAAUGGUGUUGCGGUUUGCCAAAAAAGUACAAACGGACAAGAAACUUUUGACGUCGGUGAUCAGAAAACAGCAUUAUUUAAUGAUGCAGGAACACAAAUAACAUACCAGGCAGUAGUUGGUGUUGUUACAAAAACCACUAUAGUCACACUACAGUGUGAUACAUCAGCAUCGACUGCAGUUUUAACAGCUACCAAAGAAGAUCCUCAAAAUACCUAUCACUUAAAUCUGAGAUCCAACUGUGCCUGUAAGAAUGGUUGUCUUGGAGGUGGCCUAAGCCCUGGAUCAGUGCUUUGUAUCAUAUUCAGCGUGGUGGUCAUACUGUAUCUUGUGGCUGGGGUUCUUUUCUUGAAGUUUGUGCGAGGAGCCGAGGGCAAAGAGCUUAUUCCAAAUUAUGAAUUUUGGAAAGAUCUACCUCAUCUUAUCAAGGAUGGUGUGUUAUUUUUGGCUGGUGGAUGCAAAAGUGAUUCCAACUAUGAACAGAUUUGAGCAGUAAGUCACUUGUGGAACUUCUCUCAAUGUCUAACAACAUGGAGAGUACAGCAAUAUCAGUAUCAAGACAAUAGCGAAGCAGACACCUACAUACGUGUAGAUUUCCGUUAGUAAUACUUAUUGCAUUCAAUUAGCUUGGCUUAAUUCUGCUGCCAUAAUUCACCAUCUACCCAACUGCAGCCAAAGACUAUCACAUAAUUUCACAUUCAGAGUGUGAGACAACAUGCUCAUUAAGAAAAACAUGUUAGCAUGUUACAAUUCAAAUUAGGUUUUGCCCCUCACUGACAUAUAAACACUGUCUACUCAGUGUGUUACCUCCCGAAUGAAAGUUGGAAAAAAUCACUCGGACCCACGACCUCAUGCUUUCUAGUGCAGAUGUCUUACCACUCAACCACCGAGCUAACGGGAUCGGUUGGCUGGUUCGAAUCAGAUGUACAUAGCAGCGGGUACCGCAUAAGAUGGAAUUUGUUUUUACAAUAUUAUAAAGUCAAAUGGACAUGUACUCAAAUGGGGAAAAAGUAAUACAGGGUGAACAUAUGAACACAUUAAACCUUUCUGGCCAAUUUCUGAAGCAAUAUCUUGAGAAAAACAAUUUUGGGAACAUAUAUCCUUUUCUGAAUCAUUGAGUGUAAGGGCAUAUUUAUAGCUUCAAUUCUAAAAUACAUUGCCUUUGUAGCAAGAAAUAUACGGAAGGUCUGAAGAGAUGUUCCAUAUGUUAAUGUGCACAUAAAGUUUGUGCCAUUACAUUUAAGUUUGAGAUGCACUCAUUAUUUAAAGUAAAUUAGGCUCAUUGUGAUAAAGUAGGAGAGUGUGCCUUAGUAAUAGAAAUGUUGUGAAUUAAACAACAGUGUGUACAAAUGUACAUACAUCACAGGGUCAGAAAGCCUUGUUCUUUUCUAAUUGGAGAUCAAAGAGUUUGGAGAUUAACUUCAUAUAGAACCAAUUAGUACAAGUUGCAAGCUUAGAUAAGCUUUCAAGAAAUGGUCGCGCUUUCAAGUAUUUGUACUUUUCCUACUUUUUCCUUCUUUUGUUUACCUUGCUCCUGCUUUUCCUAUUUUUUCUUUUAAUUCCUAUUUUUCCCUACUUUAUCUGAAAUAUGAAAUCUCAGUGUUACACACUGUCAAAUCACACAGGGAAGACCUUGGGCAUAGGAGUACUGUAACUGUACUUCCAAGAGCUUAGCUGAGGAUUGAGCACAAGUUUUGUGAGUACAGAACAUGCCAAAUGAUGCUGUGGACAUGAGCGAGUUUCAACGAAAACUACAUUUGUGCGCCUAAAGCCUGCAGAAAGUCCUACUUUUAUCCUGAUUUUGUCAUAUUUUUUAUUUAGAAAAUUUGUAUCCCACUGUUUUCGUACUUUUCACCAGGGUAUGCUUGAAAGCCUGCAAUAGGCUGACUAUAUGUGCUCAUGAGUGUGCUAUACUUAUUUGUCUUUUUUCAUUCCACUCCUUUGCUUAAAUUCUGAAGAUCAUUUUUUUCUUGUGGUAUUUCCUUUUCAAGUUUUAGUUUUCUUUUUAUGAAAUAUGUUCCAUUCAGAUAUUUCCUUUAAUGUGUGUGUUUGUCUUGCCUAAGAGUUCAUUAAAAUUAUAAACAAGGUUGAGUUGUUUCUAAUAUAAGUUGUUUUGUUUGUUUCUAACUUCAAAAGUGUAAUGUCUUGUAUAUCUUAAUGACGAUUAACAGAAACCUAAGGGUAACUGAUAUAGGUUAUAGUGACUAACGGCUAUGCUGCUUUUCCAAGGGUCCUAUUUGUUCUUCUUUAGAUAUGUAUUUUUCACAAAGAUUCAAUGUAUUUUCCUGGUGUUUAAAACUUAUACUUUUGUAUUAGCUUAUAAUGUGAACAAGGUAAUAUAUGUGAUACUUUUUUGGUAGCUUGCUUUUAGCAUUUGUUGUGUGUCUUGUUUAAAUAUGUCAUCAAAGUUUGUACGGCCAGUUAUUACGAUUGUGUAUGAAAAAAAAUCAAUUGCACAAUGGGUCUGCCGGACAUAUAUGGAGGUCGCUGAAUUCUUGAAACCACAAGUCUAAUCUAAAUAAAAAAUUAUGUUUUAUUUGAGUUGUUAAAAUGACGAUUGUCCACUGAUAUUUGUAUAACAGGCUUUCCAUAAUACGUUUUGGUGUACAUUGUACACAUUGUACAUAUUCGGACCUUGUCAGUGGAUAAAUAACAUUGUUUACAACUUUUUGAUAGUCUUGUCUAAAUCAUGUACUAAAACUAUAAAAGGUUGUAUUGACUAAAUUAUAAUAUUAUUAAAGAAAUACCAUCAGUAGAUUGCGUGAAGUAUAUUAUUAUCAUUUUACAUUUAGUCGGCUUAAAUGUUAAUUGAGCCAAAUUGUUGGAAAGCACAUUCACGUAUUGUUCAUUAUUUUUUUACCAAUACCGAAUAAUGUACAUGUAAUUUCCUCUCAAAUUCAUCUUUUUUUCCACGUUAAAUUAGAAAGGUUUCUGUGAGCAAAAUUUAGUAUACAUGUAAACGCUUUUAUUCUGAACAUGCCGCUGUGCACGAUUUCCUGCGAGAUGUUUCCGUUAUACAUGCGUAUGUUAAUCGAACAAGUAUUGGAAAUAAAUCCUACAAGGCAACCUA